AAACACCUCAAACACAUUAUCCUUCCAUUACAAUUACAACCAUCUUUUCUCCGUCCAUAUUUUCUGUCUUUCUUUUUCCCAAUAUAUCCAAUCUUUUCACCUUUCUUAAUCACUCCCAUCACCAUAUAACAACAACAACACCAUCAUACAUACAUACAUACAUUCAUCAUAUCCACAUCCACAUUAACAUCCAUCACACUCUCAUGGAAGAAAAAAAGGGUUCAAAAUGGAGUUGGACAUCAGCACUAAUCGGUGCAGCCUCCGCCGUAGCCGCCACCUCCAUCCUCUCCGCCAAACCCAAAGACCCAACCUUCCAUCUCAUCUCAAUCAACUUCACUUCCCUAAAACCCAGCCUCCCCGCCAUCGACGCCGAGGUUCUCCUCACCGUCCACGUCACCAACCCCAACAUAGCCCCCAUCAACUACUCCUCAACCACCAUGUCAAUCUUCUACGAAGGCUCCCUCCUCGGCUCCGCUCCGGUUCAAGCCGGCUCGCAGCCGCCAAGGUCCUGCCAGCUCCUCCGACUCCCCGCAAGGCUUAAGGCAAGGAAGCUGGCGAAACACGCCGGGAGAGUGGUGGCGGAUGUGGCGAAGCGGGAGAUGAUACUCGAUGCGGCGGUUGAUAUUGCUGGCACCGCUAGAGUUUUGUGGUGGGACCAUAAUUUUAAAGUUCGUGUGAAUAGUCAUGUUACGGUGGAUCCUGUUUUUCUUGAUGUUAUUGAUCAGGAAAGUACUGCUCAACUUGAACUCUUUGCUUCAGACGAUGAGUUGGAAGGUGAAGGUGAAGAUGAAACCGAAGCAAAAGUUGAAGAGUGAUCAACAUGUCUACCUUAGUGUUAUGUUGGUGGGUCUUAUUGGCUUUAGUUUAUUUAUUUGGAACAUUUUAGGUUCGACUUUUAAAUUACGUGACAUUUGAGGGUUGUAUUUUUAUUUGUUGAUUAUUAUUUAGCUUUUGUAGUUGAUUAUCUGCCUUUUCAUUUCUAAUUUUUUUAAUUAAAUCAAAUUAUAUGAUGUUA